ACUUUUCUCGUGUUGAAAUGUUAAUAUGAUGUUGCAUCAGAAAGGUCAGUUGUUAUUGUACAUUCUUGUACGCCCAUAGGAUGGAUCGUGACUGCGUUUAUGCUGAAGAGUAGCUAAAACAGUCGAAGCAAAAACUUGUGGGAGUUUUGGAUUUCAUUACAUUUUACAAAUGCUUUUGCUUAAUUGCUGUGGAAACUGAAACAUAACAAAAUCAUAUUACACAGCUUUGUGAAACAGUCUUCAGCAUUCUCCUGCCUUCCUGUCCACCCUCACUGACCACGUGCCAUGAUGGAGUCAAAGUUGGCCGCCUUUGCCAAGUCAUUAGUGCGCCGGCGUAUGCUGGAUCCCACUCAGGAGGAGACUCGCUUUGCCCGCUGUCUCUCCACCCUGGACCUUACUGCUCUGGGUGUUGGGGCUACGUUAGGGGCUGGCGUUUAUGUGCUAGCUGGGGAGGUGGCCCGGGAGAAGGCAGGCCCAGCCAUUGUGAUUUGCUUUUUCAUAGCGGCUCUGUCUUCCGUGCUUGCCGGCUUGUGCUACGCUGAGUUUGGUGCGCGAGUCCCAAAGACAGGGUCAGCUUACCUGUACAGCUAUGUAACAGUGGGUGAAAUCUGGGCCUUCAUUACAGGAUGGAACCUCAUUCUCUCUUAUGUAAUAGGUGCUGCCAGUGUGGCCAGGGCCUGGAGCUCCACGUUUGACAAUCUAGUGGGACAGAAGAUUUCCACCUUUUUCAAUGAAUCCAUGUCCAUUCCAGAUACAGGAAAUGUACUGACAAAAUAUCCGGACCUGUUUGCACUUAUCAUCAUUAUGCUGCUGACCAGUCUGCUGGCAUUCGGCGUAAAUGAGUCAGCGUUGGUGAACAAGAUCUUCACAGGGAUUAACUUGGUGGUGUUAAGUUUCAUCAUAAUCUCAGGCUUUGUGAAGGGUGAUCGUAACAACUGGAACUUAACACUGGAGGAUAUCAAAAACAACAAAAGUCUUCCAGUGCCCCCGGGAACUGACUUCGGGACUGGGGGUUUUGCACCCUUUGGCUUUACAGGAAUCCUCUCUGGUGCAGCGACCUGCUUUUAUGCUUUUGUGGGUUUUGACUGCAUUGCCACCACAGGCGAAGAAGCCAAAAACCCCCAGCGUUCUAUACCAAUAGGUAUAGUGGCUUCUUUACUCAUCUGCUUUGUCGCAUACUUUGGAGUUUCUGCAGCCCUCACACUAAUGAUGCCCUACUAUGUCCUGGACACUGCGAGCCCCCUGCCAGAGGCCUUCAAACAUGUACAGUGGGAACCUGCCCGCUACAUAGUAGCUGUAGGCUCUCUAUGUGCCCUUUCAACCAGCCUGAUGGGCUGUAUGUUUCCCAUGCCUCGUGUGAUCUUCUCCAUGGCUGAAGACGGCCUGCUCUUCCGAUUCCUCUCCCGCAUGCACAAAAAGACAAAAACACCUAUGGCCGCCACCAUUGCAUCCGGAGUCAUAGCAGCCCUGAUGGCCUUAUUGUUCGACCUGGCCGCAUUGGUGGACCUUAUGUCGAUCGGGACGUUGCUGGCCUACACGCUUGUGGCAGUGUGUGUUCUUGUCCUUAGGUACCAGCCAGGCAGUCUGAGCACCAGUACUGGCAGUAAUCAUGGUGAAGAGCAUCAGAAUAAGCUGCUGAAUGGAACUGAUACUGGGCUGGUGUCCUUCACUCCCAAGAUUCUGCUGUUGCCCAGCACUCAGACACCAACCAAAACCUCUGGCCUGGUCGUAUAUGCCACCACAGCCAUUACCUGUGCGCUCUUCACUCUGCUAUGUAUUGUGCUGGCAUUGCAGGCGGAGAGUAUCAUAGAGGGGCAUAGUGUAUGGGUCACUAUGGUGGUUUUCCUUGUGAUACUCUCUGCCAUGUGCAUUCUCAUCAUUUGGAGACAGCCCCAGAACAGGGAGGCUAUUUCCUUUAAGGUCCCUUUGCUUCCUAUGUUGCCUUUGGUCAGCAUCUUUAUUAACAUCUAUCUGAUGAUGCAGCUGGAUGGUCCAACAUGGAUUCGUUUCGCAGUAUGGAUGGGUGUCGGCUUUUUGAUUUACUUUGCUUACGGAAUAAGGAACAGUUCUGAAGCCAAACAGAAUUCCUCCAGAAAUUCAGAACCUGUUCUGCAAAAAAGGAGCCCAAUAAGUUUGGAUGAGAAGAACAGUGAAGUUUAAUUGGACAGACCCUCGGGAGAACAAUAUGUUCUUGUUAAGUACAGUUAAAUCAAAGCCCAAAUAUGAAAGAGACACUUACAUUGAGUACAUUAUUGGUAUAUUAUAAAACUUAUGCUAAUUACAGAUAGUAAAACUUUCUUUAACAAGUAAAGCUUGCUAAAGUAGUAAACAAAAGCUUUAAAUCCAUAGGACCACAGAAUGUAAAUGAGGGACCUUCUGUAAUUGUUUAAAUGACAUGCACUAUAUAAAAAUCUUGACACAAAGAUUUGUGACCUGCCCAUAGCCCCUUGUCAUAGUUUUUCAUUUGAAGCAACUUCUAAAUUAAAAUGACCAUGAAGUGUGUGUAUUAAUGUAGAUGAGUGUUUAAUAUAUGAAUAUAUUUACCCUGUUGUUUUUAAUAUAAGCAUUGUAACAUUUUAUGAUGGACAUACAGUAUACAAAUGUGAAUUUCAUUGUUGUCUGAGGUAAACUAAACGAGCAAAUGUCUUGUACUUAAUGUUUUUAUUUAGUUGUUUUUUGAUGUUGGUUUCUUUUUCUUAUUGUUUAGAGAUUUUUGCAUAUUUUUAC